AUGGAGCGGGCGCGCGGGCCGCGGGCCGAGGCCCACGCGCCUGGGGAGGAGGACGAGGAGGAGGAGGUGGGAACGACCAUGGCUGCCGCGGUGGCGGCGGCCGGUGGCGCGGGCCCGGCCGUCUUGCAGGUGGCCGGCCUCUACCGCGGCCUGUGCGCAGUGCGCAGCCGCGCCCUGGGCCUGGGGCUCGUGUCAGCCUCGCAGCUGCGCGUGUUCCCGGUGCGCCGCAGCUCGGGCCGGCCCGCCGGGGGAGCCGACGGCAGCGGGGUCGGGGACGAGCUCGAGGCCAACCCCUUCUACGACCGCUACCGCGACAAGAUCCAGCAGUUGCGCAGGUCUGACCCAGCUGCUUUUGAGUCCAGACUGGAGAAACGCAAUGAGUUUAGGAAGCAGCCAGUGGGGCACUCCAAGCAAGGUGACUUUAUCAAAUGUGUGGAACAGAAGACACUGGGGAAACAGCCUGUGAGCAGAGGAUUCACUAAGGACAAGACUCUCAGUUCAAUCUUCAACAUUGAGAUGGUGAAAGACAAAACUGCAGAAGAGAUAAAACAGAUUUGGCAGCAGUAUUUUGCAGCAAAAGAUACAGUCUACGCAGUUAUUCCUAAAGAAAAGUUUGAUUUGAUUUGGAACCGGGCUCAGUCCUGCCCAACAUUUCUCUGUGCACUGCCAAGAAGGGAAGGUUAUGAGUUUUUUGUCGGGCAAUGGACAGGUACUGAACUCCACUUCACUGCACUUAUAAAUAUUCAGACCCGAGGGGAAGCUGCGGCCAGCCAGCUGAUUUUAUAUCACUACCCUGAACUUAAGGAAGAAAAGGGCAUAGUGCUGAUGACAGCAGAAAUGGAUUCCACAUUUCUGAAUGUUGCUGAGGCACAGUGCAUGGCCAACCAAGUGCAGCUCUUCUAUGCCACUGAUCGAAAAGAGACGUACGGGUUAGUGGAGACCUUCAACUUCAGACCGAAUGAGUUCAAGUAUAUGUCUGUCAUUGCUGAGUUGGAGCAAAGCGGACUUGGAGCCGGACCGAAAUGUUCUCAGAACCAGAAUAAGACUUAGGGAUGUCAGGUUGGCUUACAGAGUUUUCUGCUCAGCCCUGGAUAGUACUGAGCCUACCCACCCCUUGAACUCUUGAAGGCUCAGUAUCUAUAAUGAGCUGUCUCUACGGAGUCACCCUGUGUGCUUGUUGCAAGAAGUAACGUGGAGGUGAGCCCUGUUACUUGAUAUUCAGGAACAAAGAUACCCAAACAUUCUGAUAACUGUCUCCCAGCAUACUUGAAGUUUCCUUUUCAAGUGUUUGAGGUCACAUCCAGAGACAAUCCGGGAUCCACAAGAUGGUUGACUUAAUUAUAUGCACUGUAGGAGUAUAUUUGUUCUCUGGCCAUUUUGACUGCACAGCUCCUAAUAAUUAGUUCCUCACCUUUAUAAACUGUGACAGGAUAAUAAUCUUGAAGACCUGCUGUCGUUAGACAUGGUCUUUGCAUACUCUUCCCACUUGGCUAGCCAAAGGCAUAACCCAGUUAGACUCUCGAACAACCACAUAUUGCCAUCAGGAUUAAGCGUCUAUCUCAAUGCUCCCAGAAUUGCUGUUAGUGUAGCUGGUUUGGAGUAUCAGCAGAUUUCAGGUAUAUUAAACGCACAGGUACAGUGCCUGCUGCCUGCAUAUUUUUAAACCAUAAUUUGUGACACCUGCUUCUCUAGCUAUUCUGCCUGUUGGAAGCUGUGUAUUCGGAGGGGCUAAAUUGGUGCAGUAUAAAUAAAUCAACUAUUUUGUAAAGAGAGGAUCAAUCCAGAUUUGCUUUUUGUUUUUUAAACAACUCUAAACCAUGCCAGUAUUAUAUUAAUAGAAAAAGUAGGUGGAAGCAAAUGUACCCUAUUGUGUGUGUGGGAAAAUGUAGCAAUAAAAUAAAGUCUGGCUUAUAAUCUUUGUUACACUAACUAGUGAAAUCUACACUUUGUGCUGUCCAUUGUGUCUGUACUGUGGGCUGAUCUCAUCAAAACUCAUCUUUGGACUCAGCAAUUGCUUAAAAUAACAAAAAAAAAAAAAAAGAAGCAGCAGCAGCUCUCUAGCACUGGAAACUCAGGUUUGGCUUAUGGUGUUCCUGUUGUGGCUCCAAGCUCAGUGAUAGAAGAGGGCGGCAGUAGCACACCAGACUUCUGAACACGAGGCCUCAGAGCACCCCCUACCCCACCACUGUUGCCAGCCACCUUUAUUACAAUGUCUUUCCUGUUCUUCAUCUAACACGUUCCACUUGGCUGCUCCUGCCAGUGGUCUGGCGGACAACGCUGAGCAUGGUGUGUGGGAAUAUAACCAGGAUUUGCAGUUUAUGUGUGUUUCAUUUAUUACUGGAGAUUUUUUUAUAGGUUGAGCUUGUCCCCAAGUCCUUUAAAUGGGAUUGGACUUCCCAUUAUUUUAUGAGCUGUGUUUCUUUUGUUGUACUUCUGAAUCUGUCUGUAGAAAGAGACAGAUUUGUUUGUUUAACUGGUCUUUCACAAUUUCUCUAAAGGUUGAGCUAUUUCCUAAUGCAGAUUCAGGCCUCUUGUCCUGACAUUUCUUUUUUCUGUUUUUGGUGGGGGAAACGAGUCUGGAUGUUUUGAUUCCCAAGAAUGUUUGCUGUUCAGUGGAAUUACUUUCAUAGAUAUGUUUCCUUUUCCCCUCCAGAUGGCCCCAGUCCGUAGCCUUAGUACCUUUCAUAACAUCUCUACCAGAAGAUGAGAAAAUGAUGAAGAAAUAAGUCGGAACUGACUGCUCAUUUUAUGUUCCUCCCAGCUUUGCCCUAAAUCCCCGGUUGCCAGAGAAGAGUCUGUCCAUGACCAGUUACAUCAGAUGUGAUCAAAGUACCCUCUGGUGGUUCUUUAUAUUUACCUAGCAAGAUCUGGCAAAGAAUGACAAGAAAAUAGUCAAAUUAAUCAGUCCCCUGGUAUAGUGUGGUGUUAUAAACGUGGACAGGCUUUAGAGUUAAGUGAAUCUGGGUUCAGUAUUGGGAUUCAUUAGCUCUAAAUGUUGAACAAAUUAUUUAAACUCUCUAAUUCUGUUUCUGCAUCUGUAUAAUGAGAAUAAUAGUAUCUACCUCAUGGGGUCAUUUUGAGAAUUACAUUAACUUAUAUAAAGAUUGUAGUAGAGCUUAAUAAAUGUCAACUCCCUUCUUCCCUACUUCACCUCUCACUAAAGACCCGCAAAUUAGUAUAGCCAAUGUGCAGAUCAUUCUUUUUUCCAGCCUUAUCUCACAGGUUCUCAAACUUUAAGUUGCAGUGGAAUUACCUAGAACACUUUAGAAUGUAGACUCCCAGGUCCCAAAUUCCAACCUGCUGAAGUGCUGGGAAUCUCUGUUUUAAUAUGUGCUCCAGAUGAUUCUGACGAAGAUAAUUAGCCAGUCACACUUUGAGAACCACUGCCUUAUCUAUUCUUCACAAAAAAUCCACAUUAGCCAGGUCUCUCUUUGCUGUGGACGUUAACCAUAGAAUCAGCUUCCUUGGCUCUUUGCCUCCUAUAAUGGUCCCCUCAGCAUACUCUACGUUAUAUUUAUUUAUGUAUAUGUCUUUUCCCCUCUAGACUGUGAGCUCCUUGAGGGCCAGGGGUUUAAUCUCCGUUUCCAGCAGCAAGGACAUGGCUUGGAACAUUGAAGAUACUCAGAUUUUUGUUAAAU